AACAGGACCUAUUAUCAGAUUUUCGGAACAAUUACUACUUAAUCCAAAAUCGGAGCAUUAUCAGUUCGUGGCAAAGAUGUUUUGCCAUUAUUCUCUACAUCUGUGUUUAUGAACAAUAUUUUUUUUAUCUUACUUUUUUGUUAUCAUGUUAACUUCGAGUAAUUCUUUUUAUGUGUAUCACCUUCAAUUAAAAGAGAAACGUUUUUAUUUAUAAACAAUUUAUUAACUAUAAAAUUAAAGUAUAUCUUAGCCUUUUUAAUAUAAGUCAUUGAUUAUUACUUCGUUAUUGUUCAAUUGAAUGUAUAUCAAAAAAUAUGGCGAAUCUUAAGGAACAGAUUGUUUUACCAGAAGAAGAAUACCUUGAAAAUAUUGGAAAAAUUAUUGAAAGAGAUUUUUUCCCUGAUUUGGAGAAGUGGAAGACUCAAAAAGACUACUUAGAUGCUAUUGAAACUAAUGAUACUAAAAAACUAAGGGAAAUAUAUGAAAAGUAUAGUAUAAGUCAACGAUUAAAUUCUGAACUACCAGAUACUAGUCCAGAUACAUUUGAAACUCCUCAGCCUGCUAAAAUAUCAUUCACUCAUGUUGGUUCAACCUCUAAUACUGAAGUAAAAAUUAAUGAUUACAAUAAUGAAAAAAAUGAGAACUUAAGCUUAGAUAAGUUUUUGAGUAAUACAACAAGUGAAGACAACCAAAGUUUCAACGAAAUUAUUAAGGAAUCAGAAAUUCAAUUUCAAAAGAAGAAUGCUUGGUUAUUUGAAGGCGAGAAAAAAGCGUUAGAUAUGGUUGAUAAUUUACAAGUACCAUCAAUUGAAGAUCAAGCUGUAGAAAAAGAAAGACCAUUUAAUUUAGAUUCAUGGACAUUUAAAAAUAAAAAUUAUAUAAUGUAUGUACCUGAUGGAGUUCAAUUAACAAAAGAUGAACUUAUAAGUAUGGCAUCAAAACGUCAAAAAAUUGAUCAUUCUAACACAAGACUUCGUCUGAAUCCAUUUAAUGAACAACAUUACAAACAACAAUUAUGUAGUUUGGCUCAUAUGCAAACUAGACAGUUAGAUGGAAAAAUAGGAGUAGAUGGAAAGGAACUAACUUCAAUUACUCCAAAAGUGAAUGGAUAUGGUUUUGUCAAAACUCCCUCUCCUGCUCCUGGUGUAAACCAAACUCCUUUAAUGACCUGGGGAGAAAUCGAGGGUACACCUUUUCGUUUAGAUGGAAGUGAUACACCUUUAACUCCUAAUAAUUCUGGUCCGACUUUUAAAAUACCUGAACAACCUAAACGAGAACGGUUAGCUCAUGCUCUUGCUGAAAAAGCUAGUGAAGGCCAUAGAAAUAAAAAAAUUAAAGCCCUAGAAACAGCAAGAAAACAAUUAUCCACACCUUCACCAUCACAUUUAAUGACUAGUCCUUUAGAUAGACUAAAUAAUAUGUCACCUGCUGCUCAACGUUUAGUUUUCAACCGUUAUAGUAAUGAUAGAAGGAAAGAUAAUGCACUGAGAGCAUCUUACAGUCCAUCACCACAAUCUACUCCUACUCGUUCACCAGCAAUAUCUGCAUUGAAAAGUGAUCUGAAAAAAUCUACUCCAACACGUCAAAAAAAUUUGUAUGAAAUACCUAAAAACUUAACUGACAACUUAUUAAAUAUAAACGUUACUAAACGCUCUAGAGCUGUUGACUUUUUUUAAGUAAAUAUGUAAAUUAAUUUUUAUUUAAUAAAAUAAUAUUAUCCAUUUAUAAAUAAAUAUUAUAUGUUUUUCUAUAUAAUCUGUAUAAUAUUAUGUAUAAUUAUGUAAAACUAAAAACUACAAAAUAUACUGUUUAAUUUUA